AUUGCACUAAAUACAGGAAUACUCGUAUGUUGCCGCAUGUUUACAGUUUUAAAUAUUAAUUUGACUCUGCAACUGUAAUCAUGGGAGACAAUCAAGCUUUAGAUGUGUUGGAGCCUUCUCUGCGUAAUGUUAUAGAACAGACGUCCUUGCGAUGGAUAUUCGUUGGAGGAAAGGGUGGUGUUGGCAAAACUACGUGCAGUUGUAGUCUUGCCGUCCAACUUUCGAAGGUUCGCGAAUCGGUGCUCAUUAUUUCAACUGAUCCGGCCCACAACAUAUCAGAUGCAUUCGACCAGAAAUUCUCUAAGGUCCCCACAAAAGUGAAAGGGUUUGAAAACCUAUUUGCAAUGGAGAUUGAUCCCAACGUGGGAUUGAACGAGCUGCCGGAGGAGUACUUCGAGGGAGAGACGGAGGCCAUGCGGCUGGGCAAGGGAGUCAUGCAGGAGAUCGUUGGAGCUUUCCCUGGCAUAGAUGAAGCUAUGAGCUAUGCUGAGGUAAUGAAACUAGUGAAGGGCAUGAACUUCAGUGCAGUGGUGUUUGACACCGCACCCACGGGACACACCCUGCGGCUGCUGUCGUUCCCACAAGUGGUGGAGAAAGGACUUGGAAAACUUAUGCGGCUCAAAUCAAAGGUGGCCCCCUUCAUCAACCAAGUGGCAGCCCUCUUCGGAUUGGCAGAAUUCAACUCGGACAUGUUCAGCAACAAAAUGGAUGAGAUGCUCUCAGUGAUCAGACAAGUCAAUGCACAAUUCAAAGAUCCCAACCAAACUACGUUUGUUUGCGUGUGUAUAGCGGAAUUCCUCUCCCUGUAUGAGACUGAACGGCUGGUCCAAGAGUUGACGCGCUGCGGAAUUGAUACUCACAAUAUAAUUGUUAAUCAGUUACUACUGCACGCAUCUGCGCCGUGCCAGCUUUGCGCCGCUCGCCACAAGGUCCAAGAGAAAUAUUUGGAGCAAAUUGCAGACUUGUAUGAAGACUUUCACGUUACUAAACUACCCCUAUUGGACAAAGAAGUCCGCGGGGCAGCCGCCGUCACCUCUUUCUCGGAGCACUUGAUCCAUCCCUACACAGCCUCGCCUUCCACAUCCACAUGAAUUAUUUAUUCAUAAUAAACCAUAUCAAAGUUUGAUCCAAAUGUUGUGGUGGUCUCAAAACUUCAGUAGGAUUUAUUUAUUACUUAAUUAUGUAUUCUAUAUUCAGAUUAUUUUGGCAAAAGGUGCUAUCCCUAACAAUGGAGACUGUUUAUAAGUUUUUUUUUUUCAUAGUUGUACCUAGUGUAAUGUUUGGAUUAAAUAAUUGUCUACAAGUGAGACUUCAAACGUUCAUUAGUAUAUAUAGAACUGUCCAUCCUAAUAAAUGUAAAUAACACCUGA